UUCUGAGGGCUAAGUCUGAAUUGUGGUUAGGUUGGGCUUAGGUUUAGGCAACAAUUAAAAAGUUCUCGUUCGGCUGUCUAAAUGAACGGAAGUCAAUGCAGAAUCCUAACAAGAAUAGUGAAACACAUGUGUUAUUUGUGUGGGUGUGUGUGUGUUAACUGACAGCAGUGGGCAGCAGCCGUCACAACACGGUUUGUGUAUGUGAGAGAGCGAGAGCGAGAGCGAGCUGCUGGUCUGACAGUUUAGCUUAGCUUAGCAACAACACCGGCCAAAGCUCCACCGUCGGACAGAGCCGAGGUGGGUUAUGUUUCCCGGAGAUAGGGUCGUACUCGGAGGUUCGUGCACCACCAAGCCAUGGCGGCAGAAAUUCAGCCCCAACCGCAGGCUCGGAAGCCAUGUCUGCUAAGCAAAAUCGAGGCUUUUCAAGACAUUGUGAGCGCGGCGGUUAUCAUCCCCAAGGAAGACGGCGUUAUUAGCGUGUCUGAGGACAGGGCGAUUCGAGUAUGGCUGAAGAGAGACAGUGGUCAGUACUGGCCCAGCGUCUACUACACAAUGACAUCCUCAUGCUCCUGUAUGUCCUUUAACCCAGAAACCAGAAGGCUGUCAGUGGGAAUGGACACUGGAAGUAUUUGUGAGUUCAUCCUGUCUGAAGACUACAACAAAAUCACCCCAGCACGUACCUACCAGGCCCAUCAGGGCAGAGUUACAGUAGUGCUGUUUGUGUUGGAGAUGGAGUGGCUCCUGAGCACCGGCCAGGACAAAAACUUCACCUGGCACUGCUCGGAGAGCGGCCAGCAGCAGGGGACAUAUCGCACCUCCGCCUGGGUCUCUGGACUACAAUUUGAUGUGGAGACCAGACAUGCCUUUGUAGGGGACCAGUCAGGUCAGGUGACCAUCCUGAAGCUGGAGCAGGACAACUGCAGUCUCGUCACCACCUUCAAAGGACACACUGGUAAUGUGACUGCACUGUGCUGGGACCCGGUCCAGAGGGUGCUUUUCUCUGGCAGCUCAGACCACUCCAUCAUCAUGUGGGACAUCGGAGGGCGCAAAGGCACUGCCAUUGAACUGCAAGGACACAAUGACAAGGUUCAGGGCUUGUGCUACGCCUCACACACCCGUCAGCUCAUCUCCUGCAGCUCAGAUGGAGGCAUCGUCAUCUGGAACAUGGACGUAACAAGACAAGAGACUCCAGAGUGGCUGGACAGUGACUCUUGUCAAAAGUGUGAGCAGCCUUUCUUCUGGAACUUCAAACAGAUGUGGGACAGUAAGAAGAUCGGCCUACGGCAGCACCACUGUAGGAAGUGUGGCCAAGCAGUGUGCGGCAAGUGUUCGUCCAAGCGCUCCACCAUUCCCCUCAUGGGCUUCGAGUUCGAGGUGCGCGUGUGUGACAGCUGCUAUGAGUCCAUCACUGACGAUGAUCGCGCGCCCACAGCCACCUUCCACGACAGCAAGCACAACAUCGUUUACAUGCACUAUGAGCCCACCACAGGAAACCUGCUCACCUCUGGAACUGACAAGGUUAUCAAGCUAUGGGACAUGACUCCUGUGGUGUCCUGAGGUCUGUGGACAAGCUUACAGUUCAGCCGGGACCUUGAUCUGUCUGACAAACUGUGAAUGUUUAGCGGCGUCACCCACACGUGGGGUGAGGACAAUAAUAUUUAAGAGUAACUCAACAACAAGCUGAAGCUGUUGCAUGUUCACAGUGAGGACACUGCAGGCCAGUGGAGCCUGGGAACAGGACAGGCCCUGGUUGACACAAGGUUAUGGAGAGUGGUGGGUGUUUGUUUUGUGUGAAGAGUGCUAAGUGUCUGUCGUCUGUCUGUCUGUACUGGUGCGAAGCAAUGAGGCAUUUAACGUUCUAAGCAAUGGACACACACACACACACACACACACUAUGGACUUUAUUUCCCUGCAUUCCUUUCCACAUUUCACCGUGGAAACUCAUCGACUGUGUCUCAGACGAGUCUACUCUCAAACCAAACUUGACUUUUUUUUUUUUUUUUGAGAUGUGAAGCACUUCAUGGAACUGGACCCAAAACUCACUGAAAGAUUUGAACUCGGGCUACAAAGGUUAUUCACAUUUAGACCCCAUUCAGACUCUGUAUUAAUGUUCAUCCUGAGUCACAAGUGGACAGCUCCAAGUUCAAGUCUGAGCACUCCUUGUGCGUCCUGUUUCAUCCUUAGAUCUGAUUACGAAAAACACACAUUUGGAGGUGGUUUGUGGACAUAUGAUCACAUUUCUGAGCUUGCACGUAUGCGGUCUGUCCUCACGACACAUUAUAGCCCUGGCAUCCACUGACCCGUUGCAGUGUCACUGUAUUUUUACACUUAUCAGCGCUCAUGUUGAUUUAUUUGUAACCACUGGCACAAUUGAAACCCUAAUCAACAUGUGAUUUCUUUCUUCUAAUGGUUAAAUGUCAUGUCAUGUUACAGCAGUGUGAGUAGUGCUUUGAUUCACCCAGCUGCACAAUCCCACGCAGAUGUCUGUAUAUAUUUGCUUAUCAGGAAUGCAAUUCAAUCAAAAGUGAUCACAGGAUGCAUUUGAAUGCCAGAUGUGAGCAAGCAUACACUGUCCACCUAUGAUCAGAUCUUUCAGGAUGGAUGUUCACACAGGGUCUGAACACGGCUGUUGCACUUUCUGACCUGCACCACCUACAUCCAGGAAAGCAGCAGCAGCAGCUAAGACUUGCAGAUGCAGUCAUGUGGAUAUGUUCACUAUGUUCUUUGUGUUUGGUUUUCUGAUUUAACGUUCCAAAAAUAUGGCCUAUUUGCCAAAUAUUUAUAUCACACGGAUCUUCACACAAUCUGUAUCUAAAAACUCAAGGUUAAAAAGUGGAUUAUAUUGACAUUUAAAACAUGUAAAUAGACGUCAACAGCAGAGGGAGAAAAAUCUGUAGUUGUAUCUCAUUGCCUGCAGGUGGCAUGUGUGUCAUAGUAGUAGCUGGUGCAUUCCUUACCUCUAGAUGGUGCUAAUGAGCAUAACGGCAGUAAAUGCAUGCAGUGUUGGCAGAGACUGAUUGGAUUGCAGAUCCCUGUCAUUCAAGUAGACAAGUCAUGAUCUAAGUGACCACAUCAUUUGACUCAAUUCACAUACGUCCGUCUUCUGUCUAUGAAAACAAGCUUUGAGUGGAUCAGAGGCAGCACUUCCAUACUUAUCAUGAACAAAGAGUCACAUAACUAAUGAUUUAUAUGUCAAUGCACUGGAAUCGAGGAGUGAAAUUGUAUGUUACAAACUAAUGCUGUGAAGAGGAAAAUGUGAUGUUUGUGUCUUUAUUUUUCCCCUACCAUUAUCACUUUUGUACUUAAUUGAUCAGAUGGAGACUUAAGUUGUUUAGCAAACAGUGUGUGUGAUUGUGACCCUACAGAUACCAAUCUGUCCAAGGACUAUACUCGUAUCCUUCUAAAGCUUCUAAACUUCAGUGUAUGUAUUUUUCUUUCUCUACUGGAUUUAUCAUGUAUUGUGUGCUGGUUGAGGGUUUUGGGUUGGGUUUCAAAUAAGCUGCUGGUUUAAAUUAUUGCUGCCUGGAAAAGUCUCCUAAAAUUUAAAGAUAUAAAAGUGUCAAUAUCAGUGUCCAUAUUAAGUGUAUUAAGACCCAGGAUGUACAGGAGACCUUUUUUUCUUUUAUUUCCACAAAAAAAAUCCCCACAAAACCUUUGUUGCACUCUAAAUAAAUUCAACUAAGGCCAGUGGUGACCAUUUCUGUAACCUUGUGUGUAUAAAUAACAUAUUAAACGAGAGAGAAAUGAA